AUGCGCUGCUUCGACUGCUUCUACAAGUGUUUCAACCACUGCAGCAGCAGUAGCAGUAGCAGCCACGCGCGUCACUCGCCAUCGAAAGACAAAGCAGCGAACGAUGCAGUCGUAAACGACCAGUCGGUUGCCACUGCGUCCCUCUCGACGCCGCGCGGGGGACCCCACCAACGCAAACCCAAAGUGACGGAUUCGUACACCCUUGGCAAAGUCAUUGGCUCAGGGUCCUACUCGGUCGUGCGCGAGAGCAUGCACAUCCACUCGAAGCACAGAGUGGCCAUCAAGUGCAUCAAGCGCUCGGACUUGUCGAAAGACGACGACGCUGCGAUUCAAUUCGAAGUCGCGAUCUUGCAACAGCUGAAACACCCAAACAUCAUGACCCUCGAAGAGGUGUUCCUCGAGCCCGAGUACUACUACCUCGUCACGGAGUUCAUCAGUGGCGGCGAACUCUUUGACCGCAUCGUGCAAAAGACGUUCUACACGGAGAAAGAAGCGCGCGACUUGGUCAAGAUCCUCUUGGGCGCUAUCAAGUACUGCCACGACCAGAACGUCGUGCACCGCGACUUGAAACCAGAGAAUCUGCUGCUCUUGUCGGCCGACGAUGACGCGAGUAUUAAACUCGCCGACUUUGGGUUCGCCAAGACCGUCUCGAAAGACGACGCGGGCCUGGCGACAACGUGUGGCACGCCCGGGUACGUCGCGCCCGAGAUCUUGGAAGGCGCGUCGUACGGCAAGCCCGUGGAUAUCUGGAGCAUCGGCAUCAUCACAUACAUUUUGCUAGCAGGGUACCCCCCUUUUCACGACGAGUCGCAGUCGGUGCUCUUCAAGAAGAUUCGCAAAGGCAAGUACUACUACGACUCGCCGUAUUGGGACAAUGUGUCGACGGACGCCAAGGAGUUUAUCUCCAAGAUGCUCGUCGUGAACCCCAAAGACCGCGCGACGGCCGGAGAGUUGCUGGAGCAUCACUGGAUCACUGGCACAGAUGUCGCGACCGUGCCGCUCACCAGCGCAAUGACGGAGCUCCGACGAUUCCACGCCCGCAAGAAAUUCCGAGCAGCAGUGCAUUCCGUCCAAGCGACGAUCAGCAUGAACAAAACACUCUCGGGCUUGGGCGAAUCGGCUCGAAGCAGCGCGUCACUCUAG